CGGAUGAAGCCCUGAGAAGAAGGUUGCUGGUGUUUGCGAUCAGAGGCUGUUGAGAUGCACAGGAAUGGCGGACCGGAUGUGAGAAGCCACCAACCGUGUCGGUCAGGAACUCCUAAACAUUUCUUGAACGAAUGAACAAACGAGCGAAUGAAUGAAGAACCCACAGAACCGUUUCCUCCACAAAACCUCUGGCUACAGUCCUCCUCCCCACCCUCAUGUCGAGGCCGCUCUGACACAACUGGGCACCAGAGUUCACUGGCAGAGUCUGUGUGCAGGAAUCACGACUCUUCGACUAUGAUAAAAACUUAGAAAAGGCCUAUGUCGCAAGGAAACUAAUGAGCUCCAUCUUUGGCAUGGAUCAGAAAAUUCCACCGUGGCGCUGACCGAGCUUAUGCCAACACAGAACUUUAAAGAAACCCCACAAUGAGAGCUAGGAGGAACAAAGAAGAUGAAUCACAUGUCUCCCAGGCUGAGAGCCUUCCUCUCUGAACCCAUCGGAGAAAAGGAUGUUGCCUGGGUGGACGGGAUCAGCCAUGAGCUUGCAAUCAAUUUGGUCACCAAAGGUUUCAACAAGGCCUACACCCUGUUGGGACAGUUCCUUCUGAUGCACAAGAAUGAAGCCGAGUUUCAGAAGUGGCUCAUUUGCUGUUGUGGCGCCACUGAGUAUGAGGCCCAGGAGAGUUCUAACUGUCUGAAGGAGUGGUGUUCCUGCUUCCUGUGAACACACAUCCCCUUGCUCUGAUGCCUGGGUAAACGACAUGUUCUGUACUGAUA